CGGAGCUCCGCCUGAGGCGAGGCGGUGGCGGGGAGCGUAGGGUGGAAUCUGCAGCCGCUUCUGCCCCGGGCCGCCGGCGGCUUGGAGCAGCCCCUUUCACACCCGUAGCGGCACGGAUGGAGCUGCCGUGUCCGGCUUGAGCGUGUCGGCGGGAUCCCGAGCCGCUCCGCCGAGCCCGGGGCGGGCGAGCGGGCGGGCGCAGCAUGGACAAAACUACAAGGGAAGAUGAUGGGAAGUUGACCUCUGGAAGAGAGAUGCCUAAGCUGCUGGGAAACAAAAUUACGAUUACAGAGAAGAGUUGAUGGAUGCAGGGUUUUGGUCAAAGUAGAGGAGAAAUCCUUUCAAAAGUGGACUAUAUCGUGGAAUAUGACUAUGAUGCAGUGCAUGAUGAUGAGUUAACCAUCCGAGCUGGUGAAAUAAUCAGGAAUGUGAAAAAACUGGAAGAAGAAGGAUGGUUAGAAGGGGAGCUAAAUGGCAAAAGGGGAGUGUUCCCAGACAAUUUUGUGAAGGAAGUUAAGAAGGAUGUAGAACCCAAGGAUGAUUCUGUACCACUGAGGAGGGAGAAAUCUGGAAACGUAGCCAGUCUUGUGCAACGUAUGAGCAGCUAUGGACUUCCAGUAGGAGGAUUUCAGCCUCAUCCCCCAUCCAAGGGCUUGAAGAAGAGGUCUGGGUCCAAGAAACGACAGUGCAAAGUGCUCUUUGAAUAUGCCCCACAGAAUGAGGAUGAGCUGGAACUCAAGCUGGGGGAUGUGAUUGACAUCAAUGAAGAGGUAGAAGAAGGCUGGUGGAGUGGAACACUAAAUGGCAAGACAGGGUUAUUCCCUUCAAACUUUGUGAAAGAAUUGGAAUUGACAGAUGAUGGAGAAACACCAGACAGUCUGGAUGACACAGAGUCUGUGUUCAGUGGUUCUACCUCACCUGUAGUCUCCCCAGGAAAUGGGAGUGAACCUGGAUCUGGUCCUGCACAGCCAAAGAAAAUCCGAGGUAUUGGGUUUGGAGAUAUUUUUAAAGAAGGCUCAGUGAAACUUAAGACAAGAUUAUCCAGUAAUGAAUCAGAAGAUAAAAAGCAAGAUAAGCCAUCACCUAACCACCUCCCUGGAACAAAGCUAAUGCAUUUUCCCAGUACAACAAAAACUGAAAACUCAUCAGAAGUAGUUAAAUCAGAAGGUGAAAGUAAACCAAAAGCCAAGGAAUAUUGCAGGACAAUAUUUUCCUAUGAAGGCUCAAAUGAUAAACUCAGCUUUAAGGAAGGAGAAAUCAUUCAAAUAAUCAGUAAGGACACUGGAGAGCCAGGCUGGUGGAAAGGAGAACUCAAUGGUAAAGAAGGAAUCUUCCCAGAUAUUAAUGUUGUUCAAAUACAAGAGUCUGAUAAAGACUUUCCUAAGCCAAAGAAACCUCCACCUCCAGUUAAGAGUCCAGCUCCAAAGCCUGAAUUGCCAGCUGGGGAGAAGAAGUUCCCUUCUUUGAAGCCUGAAGAAAAAGAUGAAAAAGGAGCUUUGGAUCAGAAGCCUUUGAAGCCACAAGCUCCUCAAGUACCACCCAAGAAACCUAUCCCUCCAAGCAAGAAUAACAGCUUACUGAGAGUGGGGCUUCUGCACCCAAAACGUCCUGAGAAACCUGUUUUGUCAUCCUCUGUGUCCAGAUCUAAUGGAGAAGUUGUUUCUCUUCGACCAAAAUCUGAAAUUGAGCCAAUAGCAAAACCAAAGUUAGAUUCUGAAUCACUACCACUUAGACCAAAAUCAGUAGAGGUAGAUUCACUUGUGGUAAAGAGCUCUAAAGAAUCAGAUGUGUUAAGCUUUGAUGAUGUAAUAGCUACCUCAGAUAAUUUAUCUCACCCUACUGCAAACAGACCCAAGAUGCCUGGCAGGAGGCUGCCUUCACGGUUCAAUAGCAGUGGUCCUCAGGCAAGUCAAAAUGUGUGUCCAGAAAAAAAUUUGAAGGUGCAGAAGGAAGAAGAAAGUGCCAAACCAAAGCCAGUUGAAACAAAAAAGCCAUCUGCAUUCAGUACACCAACUCCAUCUUCAUCUCAGAGACCAAGUUCUGUUCUACUCAACUUAUUCCCUGGAGACAUUCAAUUUAAAGGAGAAACAGAUGAUGAAAAAAUUUCUGUGGAAGAGCUCAGGACUCAGAUUAAUGACUUGUUGAGCUUGGUAGACGCACUGAAGAAAGAACAUGGGAGAGAACUGGAAAAACUAAGGAAGGAUUUGGAAGAAGAGAAGCAGUUGCGAAGUAAUUUGGAGCUUGAAAUAGAAAAAUUGAAGAAAGCAGUAAUGUCUACAUGAGACAGCUAUGGACUCAAUGUUUUUAACUCCAGGAAUUCAAAGCUCAACACAAGGAGAACUGACUCUUAUUUUAUAAUAAUGGAUGCUGGUGUUCUACAGUUUUAAAGAGAAAAAUAUAGUUAAAAAAGUAAUAUAGUCUUUUAUUCAGAGAGAUAAGAAAACAAAAAAGGAUAAAGGUGUAAUUUUUUUGCCAAUAUACAAGAGGCCUUAUUUCUUACUGUGCUGGAAUUGCAGACCGUUUUUUUUUGGUUUGCUUGAAAAUACUACUGAAUCUGUAUAGAAAGGAGAGGGAAUUCUUAAUAGAUUUUUAUUGAAUACCUGUAGCUUAAUUUUUAAAGAGAUCUAUGCUAUAAAUAGGGUGAUCUAUCUUUACAACUAAUCUGUAAAAUAGUCUGCUGGGAGGGAUGGAAUAACUGUAUCGUAAUUGUAGUCACUACUUUUCCCCUACACUCAAAAGGGAAUAUAUGAUAUUUGUAUAAUUUUGGCAGUCUUACCCAGGGUUAUGCUGCAGUGAGAAGAAUAAUAUGCUGUUUAUAAGUUGAGUAAUGAGAUAGGAAUUUAUUAAUACAAUGAAUCAGGUGAAACUCCUAUGCAUUGUGGUAAGAAUGAAUUAUCUGAAGUAGUUGAGCAGAACAUUUUGUCAGUUGCACUAUUGGAUUAAAAGGGAUUUAGGACAGAAUCAUGAAGUUAUGACAAAAUUAACUUUUAAAGCAGCAAACUGCAAGAAAUUAUAGAAACAAGGCUAAAAUCCAGUCUUAACUCAACCUGUUGUGCCUGAAAUAUUACAGCAUACAGCAUGGAAAAGGAAAUAUUAAGUCACAACAUCUGUGCUUCUGUGCAUCUAAACUGAAGUCAUCAGUCUUUCUAGCAGUUUAAUAUGCAUCUUGAUCUUUUUACAGUAGUCAGGUUUUGUUUAUAAUCCAUCUCCAAAUAAAUCCCUUUGGAACUUUGAUACUCUCAAAAGGUCUCAAUAUUUAUAUAUUUAUGCCAUAAACUCUCUCGGUAUAUUGUGUACCUCUAAAUUUAAUAGCAUAUUUGUAUUUUAAUGAGUGAGUGGAACGAGUGCUUUGACAGCAUUGUGUUGGUGUCUAAGAUGGUGUCUUUCACAUUUUAUGGAAAACAGUUAAAAUCUUGUGGCUUGCCAUUAUCUUUAACCCCUGAGUUCAAUGCAGUGCACCAGAAUAAUAUACAAAUGAUCUGCAGAGUGAUGGGAUACCAUUAUAUUUAUUGCUUUGUUCAUUUGAUUAAAAAAAAUAAAAAACAGCUUUAGAAACCCA